AUGCCACCAAGGAGACCUGCAUCUUCCCAAAACAGUCAUACUAAUGAUGAUAUACCUCCUCCACCUGAGGCUUUGCCCCUUAUGAGUACUGAAGGGCUUUAUAGAUAUUUAGGGACUUUGGCUGGCUUGGUUGAGCGUCAGGCUAGAGUUACUGGAAGUAAUGGUCAAGGACAAUCCUCAUCUACUAGGGGUAGCUCAUUUGACGACUUUAAGACGUUGGGUUCCCCUUACUUUUCUGGUACUUUAGAUCCAACAAAGGUAGAGGCUUGGAUUAUGAAGAUAGAAAAAUUCUUUGAUGUCAUUGAUUGUUUUGAGGAGCAAAAAGUCUCAUAUGCAGCAUUUAUGCUAGACAAAGAGGCAGACCAUUGGUGGUGCAUGACUAAGAGGCUUUUAGAGGAUCAGGGGCCUAUUGUUUGGAGUCAGUUUAGGGAGGCUUUUUAUAAAAAGUACUUUCCUGACAGUGUUCGACGACAAAAGGUGGGAGAGUUUGUCCGUUUGGAACAUGGGGAUUUGACUAUGGCCCAAUAUGAGGCUAAGUUUACCGAACUAUCACGUUUUGUCCCACAGUUGAUUGCUACAGAGGAGGAAAAAUCAUUAAAGUUUCAGGAUGGACUGAAGCCUUAUCUGAAGAAUAAGAUAUCAAUUCUGAAGCUUAGUGUUUAUUCAGAGGUGGUAGACAGAGCCCUUAUUGCAGAGAAGGAUAAUGAAGAGCUUCACUAG